GCACCCUGCCUGAGACAGUCACAUUAGGUACACAAGGACAGUGGAUUAUCUGGAUUCUAAAUGAGCAUUAGGAGCAGCUCUUUUCUGAUGUCACACUGCACCGUCAGUGAGAGCUUAAAGGCUAUGUGGUUGUUAAAACCUAGAGGCUGGGUUUACAGUUGGAGACAGGGGACAUAUUGUAAAUAUAUUGCAGAAGUGAUCUUUGUCUUUGGACUGAACAAUAGAGAAGAACUUCAUUAGACAUUGAUCUCUGUAGCAGCAAGGUGUUGCUCAUGUUUCACUCCAUGCUUUCUGACUGAACAUCAAGGUCGCCAGCGCAACAGCUGAUAUUGUGGACAGCUGUAACACGCACCAGAAGAUAGCAUUACAGUCUCCCUCUGGAGAAGAAACAGGUUGAAUUUCCACCAGAGGACUCCUUGUGCAACUGGGUGUUACAGAAAAGAGUGCUUUUUGUGCUACUCACUGAGAUCAUGUACGUGCUGUGCCCACUACUGCUGCUGUCCAUCUACAGCCUGCUGAAAAAACAGAAAGCUGUGCAGCUUCCUGAAGGCAAGGCAGCACAGUUCACAGAGAAACCGAGCAAAACGGGAAAUCCUGUCAGGGUCAAAAACCAAGACCAGCACACAUCAUGCACCACCAACCAGCUGGAGGUACCUAAGUGCAGCAAGAAAGCCCAGCGGUACGCUCUGCUUGGCCCAGCGGUCAUGUUUGGCACACGAAAGACGUGGGACCUCGGCCACGCCCCCUGCCUUCAGGAGCUCUGGAACACCGACCUCUCAUUGGACGCAAGCUCAGUGGAUUUCCUGAUCAGCGAUGGUGAGGAGGAGAGUUCCUUCCUGACACUGCCCAACUCAGUCCUCCAACGCCGCCGUUUGACCUCGGACAUCCCCGAUCCCGGCCUCUCUGACCAGCAACUGCUCAUACAGGCGCUCCAAGAAAAAGUGUGCAAAUUCCAAGCUCGUUUACGUAGCGAAGACGCCACUGACAGACGGCUUCUACAGCGAACACGCACACCACAAAUCAAUCAAGACCAACAGAACAAAGCAGACACAAACCAAGAGCAUCCACUCACCAGUCAAGAGAUUCUUGAACAGGACAGCCAGCUCAGCCAAGCUGGCUUCAAGACAAAAGUAAGGCAACUCGGUGCAGAAUCCCCACAUCUGCAAGAUUAUCCUGUCAUUGCUGCAGAAAGGAAAGUUCCUCGGCAUAAAGAAGAGGUGCAUCAGCUUGCUCUCAUCACAGGGCUUCACACACAGAUUGAGGAGCUGGAGAAGAAACUGGUGGACCGGACUCAGGAGGUGGAGAGACUGCGCUCUGAGCUGGGGGCGACAGACCUGGAGAAGCAGCUGGAGCUCCUAGAGAGCGAGAAUCAGCGGCUUAGACAGGAGCUUAAGUCCAGCAGCAUCCAUGAGCCUGCUUAUACCUGCUCCACCUCCACCUGCCCUCACAGCCAGGAGACAGCGGCCCUACGUGGGGCGCUCUCCAUAUGUGAGGAGCGCUGUAAGGAGUAUGAACGACACAUGGCCAAGCUCGAGCAUCAGCUUGGGGAGCGAGCGUGCACAGUGGACGAGCUCCGCAACCAACUGGCGGAGACAUUACAGAGCCGAGAAAAGCUUCAGGAGCAUCUCACUCACACAGAGGAAAUACUGCAACAGCACAGUGCAGCAGCACCAUCUCAGGCAGCAGAGGCCGAGUCGUCUCAGUGGAAACAGGCUCUAAUGGAGGCACAGACACGUAACCAGGCUCUCCAGGAGCAGCUGGGUGUCCAGCGACAGCUCCUCCGAGAACUCGAACAGAAGCUACGUGACAGCCAGAGAACCAACAGCGAGCUACGCCAGCAGAUCCUGGCAUAUGAGGGUGAGAUGGAGCGAACUCGCAGCCAGCUUGCGUCUGAGAUUCAGAAUCUUGAGGAGGAGAAGAACAGAGUCGUGGAGGAGGCGUUUAUCAGAGCCGAGAGCGAAAUGAAAGCCGUGCAUGAAAACCUUGCCGGUGUAAGAAUGAAUUUGCUGACACUGCAGCCUGCUCUGAGAACUCUAACAUGUGACUACAACUGUCUGAAGAGGCAGGUCCUGGACUUUCCCUACAUGCUGCAGAAGGCUAUUGCUGAGGCUAAACAGGAGAUAUGCCACAUGAUUGCAGAGGUGAGCAAUACCAACCAGGAGCUGCUACGUAAAUACAAGAGAGAAAUGAACCUGAGAAAGAAGUGCCACAACGAACUGGUUCGCCUCAAAGGAAACAUUCGCGUUUUCUGUCGCGUGCGUCCCAUCUGCAAGGAGGAAUUGGAGGCUGACAGCAAGAGUGUGGUGACCUUUGACUCUGACGAUGACGCAGUGCUCUACCUUUCCAACAAGGGCAAGCUUAUGGCCUUUGACAUGGACAAGGUCUUCACACCUCAGGCUACGCAAGCAGAGGUGUUUCAGGAAGUGCAGUCUCUUGUCACGUCCUGUAUAGACGGCUAUAAUGUGUGCAUCUUUGCUUAUGGGCAGACGGGUUCAGGAAAAACCUACAGCAUGGAGGGUAUUCCAGAGGACCCAGGCAUUAACCAGCGAGCUCUGCAUCUGCUUUUCUCUGAGGUUUCUGAGAAAAUGCCUGACUGGCGCUACACCAUCACUGUCAGCAUGGUGGAGAUUUACAACGAGACGCUGAGGAACCUGUUAGGAGAAAACCCCAGUGAGAAGCUGGACAUUAAGAUGUGUCCUGAUGGUAGCGGUCAGCUGUAUGUGCCUGGUCUUACUGAGAUCACUGUGAAGAGUGUGGAGGAUAUUAAUAAGGUUUUUGAUCUGGGUCACAUGAACAGGGCAACAGCAUGUACCAACCUGAAUGAGCACAGCUCUCGCUCUCAUGCUCUCCUCAUCAUUACCGUGGUCGGCUUCAACUCCUCCACAGGACACCGUACCUCAGGCAAGCUGAAUCUUGUUGAUCUGGCUGGUUCAGAAAGAAUCUCUAAAUCUGGCGCUGAGGGAAGUCGCCUGCGUGAGGCUCAGUGCAUCAACAAGUCGCUCUCGGCGCUGGGUGACGUCAUCAACGCACUGCGCUCACGCCAUUCACACGUCCCUUUCAGGAACUCACGUCUCACGUACCUUCUACAGGACUCGCUUAGCGGAGACAGCAAGACACUAAUGCUUGUACAGGUGUCUCCCGUAGAAAGCAAUAUCAUUGAGUCUGUGUGCUCUCUGAAGUUUGCCCAGCGUGUUCGCACAGUUGAGCUUGGACCGGCCUCCUCUUCACGAAGACAUACCGAGAACUCUUCAACGUCCUCCUCGCCUACCCACGACAGCGUGGAGUUGGACUCUCCACCCAUAACUCCUGUGCUCUUACCCAUCUCCCGGGCAAGCAGCGUGGGCUCCUCUCUCUCCACUAUCUCCAGAGUCUCCAGCACACGGAGAAGAUCCCAGAGCCAGCAAGCUCCAGAUUACCAUCCUCAGGAGCAGUGAAGCGCUCUCACUCUCAUAUCUGAUCAAUGACAGCAGAACUGCGGAGGUCUGGAGAGUCAGCGUGCCUGGUACAGUGUUGUAAUCAUGUAACGUCAUGACAGUGCUGACAGCAGGGAGGCAAUGAGAGGGAAAGAGGCUGAAUUAACCAACAUGAAGCACUUAGUCUAUGCUCAAGUAGCUAAUGAAUAUGUUAGAGAAGCUAAAGUUGAAGAGCGUGAGCAAACGGCUGUAAUGUUUCACUUUAACCGUAAACCAAAACAACACCUGUCGGAAUCUAAUCCAAGCGUGGAUCUGAGCAGCAUAACAGAGCCACUGUUUUCUUUCCAUUAGCUUUUCAUGCUUCUGUAUAUUCUACAAGAUACAAUCCAAGCUGUAAGCUGAGUAGAUAUAGUUUCAGGGGUUUGUUCAAGUUCAUUCAAAAUAACCAUCGUAUUUUCAUAAUUCACUGUGUUGUACUCACAGAUUAAAAAUGUAGAGCAAACCUUAAAUGCCACAUGUUAUUGCAAUUUUCACACCCUUAUCUGUGAAGCUGCUUGUUUUUCAGAAACUAAUGACGUGCUAUAUUUAAACUGCUGUAUUAUUAACCCCUGGCCUUGACGUUAAAUACUAGAAAUGCUCUUUCCAUCUGUAACAGUCAGCAGUAUUAGUGAUGAUUCUGAUGUUAGUGAUAAUUGUGUUUCUAUACUGCUGAGUUGAUAUGUUCUACAUUUACGUACUUGUGGGGAUGAGUAAAGGCUGAAGCGCUUUCAGGGGAAUUGGCUGAACACGCAGCAGUAUUACAGGAAGGCAAGGAGCCAACAUCAAUCUUAUCAACGCUAGUUCUGAUAUUUUGCCUUCUCCACAAUCUCCCUUUUCUCCAAACAGCAUGUGAAUACUAUUCAAAGAAUGUACUCUCAUCUCUGAGUUUCUGGUGGUAAAUGAUCUCACUUGAAAUGUGAAAUUUUGUUGUUUGUUUAGAUUUAAUUCUAUUUCAGUUAUUGGUUGUAACACUAAACAAUUCUGAAAUGUUCAAGGAGAUAAAGACUUUAUUGUA